CUCUCUCUCUCUCUCUCUCUCUCUGUCCCUGAGCGAACAGCCUGCGUUUGGCUCCUGAAGCACAGAAAAGUCUCAGGACUCACCAAGGACCAGCGGAUAUGAACGACUGACAUUCACACUUUCCAUCUCAUUUUUAACCCCAGACUCCGAUGGCUCUGAAGGACAGCCGGCUCACCUGGAGCUUCCUGCUGUGGUCUGUGACGUGGAUCUCGGCUCUGACUUUUACGCCACAUGAAGGGUCUUCGGUCAGUCCAGUAUUUUAUCGGACCACUCCAUCUCUGAACAGCUCUGAGGCCCCUACAAACAAUUACACAGGCCUGAGCUGCACGACGCUGCUUCCCCCUCGGCGAGGCUCUUUCUAUGUAGAGGAAGGCUCUGGGAUGUCCGUGGGCACAGUUUUGGUGUUCUGGUGCCUCGAGGCGUACCAGCUGGUGGGCAGCGAGAAGAUCACCUGUGUCCUGCGUAGCGACAGCGCUCAGUGGAGCAACUACCCACCCGACUGUGAGGCCAUUCCCAAACCAGAGGACCGCGGGCUGAGAGUGGCCGUACUGGCAUCGGUAGUGAGCAGCAUCAUCAUCCUCGCCAUGUCCGUGUCCUUCAUCAUCUGCUGUCUGCAGGAGCGCAUGAGCAAAGCGAGAGCAGAACAGACAGACAGAAGGGGAAGGACGAGAGACAAACACAAAUCAUCCUGGAGGAGUGAGUGCUGGCUGGAGAGAGAUGAAGGAGACUGGGAAUCUUUUCCUCCACCUAAAAUUUACAGUCUUUCCCAGCACCUUGACCCCCAUCUGACCCCUGAGAGCCCGGUCUAUAUGGGGGGACUGGCUGGUUAUGAUAACCGUGGGUAUCUGAGGAGUCAGGAAAACCUCCUGAAAGCUCCUCUUCCUGCUCUUUACCGUACAGAAAGUCAUAUGUACCCACAUGUGGUCCUGCAGAGGGUCCCCACACCCACAGUGCCGACUGCACCCAGCGCGCCCGUCUACCUCCACCUCUCCACCCCUCCACCCGCAGAAAGCCCCGGGGAACAGUCUGCUCUGCCGCCGUACCCCAGCGCCGCUCCACAGCGUCUGUGGCCAUAGAAACACACUUUUAUUCAGAACUUUUACAACUGUGGCCAUGGCGACGGAUUACGGCCCCUACGUGCAAACGGCUCCUGGGGUUCAGAAAACCAAGAGAAAUGAUAGACUCAAGCUAGAGCCACCUCGAUCACUACACACCGCUAGAUCUAGAUGUUAGACCAUGUGUGGGUCCAAAUGUAGUUACAUUUAAUAUGUUGCAUAUGUAAGGACAUUUCUGAAUGACUCUAAAGAGGCCCUCUGUGUAGUUUCUUGGAGAGAAAAGUGACAUUAGGAGAGGUGAGGACUCCAUCCUGGUACUGUGAUCCACUCCAGGUUUUAUUAUUGUCAGUUAGUACUUUUUAUCUGUGUGGUGAAGGUUCUGACUACUUGCACUCAUUAAAUGAAAAAAUGCAACAAUUUCAAGUCACA